GCCGGGGCUGGGGCCAUGGCCAGGCCGGGGGCUGCGCGGCCCUGCAAGGUACUGUCUUCUGGAAGGCUAACAGGAGCCGCUAAAUUAACAAGUGGAAGAAAACAGUUUGGUGUAAGAAAAGGAUGUCAUUCAGAUGUGGAGUCUGGAUACUCUCUCUAUUCCACUGACUCUGACGAUCAGGUUGAUACUAUUCAUAAUGGACUUGACCGUUGUGCAGCUUUACUGAAGAAUAUCUUACAAAGUGAGGCUACAGGAAGGGAAACUAUCCAUAAAAAACCUGGGAAAACAGCUUCUGUUAAAAUUACUUCCAAGCCUUUGCUAACCAAAGGAAAUACUUCCAAGAAGAAAGGGUUGAAAAAAAAUAUUACUCCUGCCCACGUCCGAAAAGAAAUUGUGCCAAUAUCAAAUAGAAAACUUGCCUCGUCCACCACACCUUUGACCGAGAAAGAACUUUCCAGUGCAGCACAAAAUCAGAUGGUUCAACCAAUUCAUGUGCCUUGCAGUCCACACUCUCCUGUGAUGCAUCAGAAACUGUGCGAGCAUGUGCAGACUCAGAUGUCUCUGAUAACUGGCCAACCACCACAGAACAGUAACGAAAUUCCUACUGUAACUCCUUUUCCUACCUCAAAUCACGGAUGUCAAAAUGUUACAGCUUUUAGUUAUCGAUUACCUACCUCCACAUCAGCUCUGUCCCUGCAGCAUUCAGCUAAUCCCCUAUCUACUCAGUCAGAUGUUCCUGUAGACAGUGGCAAUGAAUGUGUGCCAGAGAUGGGAGGACCUGUGGUUUGCCCGGUGGUUUCUGCUGCUUCUACUACUGCUGCUCAAAUACAGUCUGCCACUGCUCUUUCUAAUGUGAUCCCUUGUAUGGCAUCAGGUGCACCAAGUAACUCUACAGUGCCUACAUUCAUCCCAUCAUCUUCUGGCAGAGAGAUGACCCCAAACCACGAGCAACAGAUAAAAGAAGCAGAUUUGAUAAGAUGCAUACAAGCUCACCUGGCCCUGUUAAAAUCACAUGAAAUAAUGAAUGGCAGGACUGAACAGAAGUGCCAUCAUCAUUGUCCAACAAAACAUAAUGCUUCAAGUAACAAGGAGGAGGAUACUUCUGAAGAACACAGUGAGGACAUGGUCAACGAAGAAGACGAAGUGAAUGUACUUGACAUAGCCCCAGUGAGAGAUACAAGCUGUAAGACAAGUUUUGUGAAGAAAGUUCUAAAAUCUAGAAAAGAAAGUCCAGAAGAAACAGCCCAUAAAGUUAAGACUGUAAAAUAUCUUCUGGGAGAGCUUAGAGCACUGAUAACAGAUCAAGAUGAUUCGGAAAUGUUAAGGUUGAUGAAUGAAAUAGAAGACUGUAUAUCAUUGCUCCCAGCCGUAGUGGGAAGUACAAAUAUACAAGCUGAAAUAGCACUAGCUUUACAGCCUCUCAGAAGUGAAAAUGCCCAGCUGCGUAGGAGACUAAGAAUAUUAAACCAGCAACUCGGGGAACAAGAAAGAAGUGAGAAGACACCUGGACAGAGCUGCAACUAUGAAUUGGUUUCUUUGCAGUCCUUGAAUAUGAUGCUCCAGAGUCAAUUGAAAGAAUCACUGAAAGGCCUUGAGUCACUGCAGGCUAAAAAUGAAGAACUGAUUAAAAUAAUAGAAAGUCAGAAAGAAGAAAAUAAACAUCUUGCAAAAUAUAUUCAAGAUAAAGAAGAAGAAUUGCUUGAAAACAAACAGCAUUAUGACAUUCAUUCCACGAAGCUCAAGAUUGAAGUGGAAGAGGCAUUAGCAAACAUGAAGAGCCUUCAGUUUAAGCUGGAAGCUUCAGAGAAAGAAAAUAAGAUUUUGGGCAUAACGUUACGUCAGCGUGAUGCAGAAGUUAACAGACUGCGUGAAUUAACCAGAAACCUGCAGGGUAGUAUGGCCAAGCUUCUGUCUGAUCUCACAGUAGACAACAUUAGACCCAAACCUGAAAAAGGUCUCUCUAAGGCUCUUUUGGAAGACCAUGAAAAGCAGAUGCAACCUGAUCUGUUUCCUGGAAGUACUUCAGUAAUGACUUACCUUAAAAAAUUAGAAAUGGAUCAUAUUUUGACAGAUGCAGAACUUCACUUCUCAAAUAAAAAUGGAGAAUUAGAAAUGCAAAAUCUAGCCUAUGAGAAGUUUGCUGCUGAAGGAAGUAAAAUAAACAGUACAUUCUUAGAAGGAACAUCAGCUCCCAGAAUACUACUAACCUCACUGAAGCAAGAUGCAGAAACUGUCAGUGAUUCUGGGACUUUACUAGAUGACCAAAACAAGUUGGAUGAGACUGUUUAUAUUCCAUUGACUAGCAAUGCCUCUAAAAAACAGCAGCCAAUCUCUGAAAGAACUGGUGUGCUACCCCAAAGUAGAGGGACUUAUAAGAUGUUGGACUACCACUGUGAGCUCUCAAACUCUGUGCAGCAGAAUGGAUGUGAGAUAUCAAAGGAUUUAACUAUUGUGGAUAAAUUAAGUGCUGGGUACAGUGUGAAAAAGACUAUGGAAAACAUGCCUGAAGUUACAGGGGAUGAAGUAAAGCCAGAAGGAGACAAAGUCCAAAUGAGGCCAAAAGGCACUCCAAGUGGAGCUGCAAAAGACUUCACAGAUAAAUCAGACCAACCUCAGCCUGGUACAUACCCUCGCAUGCCGAUGCUAUUUCCAAAAGAGAUUUCUCAAAAAAAAGGCAGUGAAAUAGCUGAUUUUAGUUCCAUUUCAUUUGAUGAUAUAUCAGGAAAGUCUGAGUGGAGUGCAUCCUCUUUCUCAACAUUUACUUCUCGAGAUGAAGAGGACUUUAAGAAUAGCUUAGCAGCCUUGGAUGCCAACAUAGCAAGGUUACAAAGAACUUUGCAAAAUAGCAUUAUGAAACAAUGAGGAAACAAAAUGGGGUGCACUUGUUUGGAUUAUUUAGGUUUUUCUGAAGUAUAUUAAUAAGUAUGGUAAUGAUACAAAUACUUGUAUUUUUUGGUAUGAAAUUACUUGUUCCUAGCUGUUUAAAUUAUGAUGGGAUUUGUUCCUCAUUAAGCUGUGGCGCUGCUUCCCUUGUUGUGUACAACUUGAAAUAACUGGUAUAAAUGCCUUUUUUUUAAAUUAUGAUUUAGGUUUAUACUGUUUAAUUGCAAAAUUAAUUCUUAGAGCAGCACUUGAUAACUAUUUAAGAAACUGGUGUGCUGUUGGCAAUACAGUUUUUCUAUUAAAUGAUAAAGUACACAUGCAUGCUUUUUCUGCAUGCUUUUUCUAAGUAGUAAGAACAGCAUUGAGAGAUGCAUUUGAAGUGAGUUAUAGAUGUGAUAAAGAGAAAUUUUUAUUUCAUUAUAAUUUGACUGUUAUAAAUUUGGAUGCAUAGUUAUUUUCCUUGGUUAUGACCAUGUGUUUCGAGAAACUAGCUCCUGGUUCUGGUUCACUGUGAAUGCGUGCAAACAGUAGUGUCAAGAUCAAAGAAACAGGUGAAGAGGACUGCUUAUUCAGCUGCAUUGCUUCUUAAUCCAAAUUGGGUUUAAUCAAGAAGUGGGAAUUUAACUGGUGAAAGUGGAGCUGCCUUGAACAUAAAAAGUGUUCUGCCUUGACU